UUUAACAUGUCGACGUCUCCUAUGAGUGAGAAAGUAGGCGGAUCGGUGCUCGGCGUGCGUUCCCGUCAGCAGCCCAAACAGUCAUAGGCUGGGAACAUCACACUCUUAAUAUAAUCAAUCAGAGACGUGCUGUGGAGAUGGCCUACAUGUGGGAGACGUGCGGUGUGGCAUGUGCUGCCUUCAGGGCUGAUUUAUAUGUGUAAAUAAGCGGAGUAAGAGGAUCGCUCAUGGUGGUGUGUUCCCGUCUGGAGCCCGUUAAAUCCAGAUAUGAGCAAGAUUAUCUGUGUCGCCCACCGUGGAGCUCCGCACCACCACCAGCACCACCAGCAGCAGCAGCAGCAGCUCCCCCAGGCUGUGGACGAGCUGCUCAGCUGCUUGUUUAUACCUCAAUAAUGGCAUGGACACUGUAACAGAGAGGACAAGAGUGUCCCCUGCUCCCUUUAACAACACAGUCUCCCUCCAGUCUGACAAAAUGGAUAUGUAUGCUGUGCCCAACCCGGGGAUACCAGGCUGUCCACCAGGACUAGAAUACCUGACUCAGGUGGAUCAGCUACUCAUCAAACAGAAAGUAGAGCUUGUUGAAGCCCUCGUUGGUUUCGAAAGCAACAACAAGUAUGAAGUGCGUAACAGCAUGGGUCAGAAUGUGUUCUACGCGGUCGAGGAGAACGACUGCCUGAGUCGACAGUGCUGUGGUCCCCUGCGCCCCUUCACCAUCCACGUCCUGGACAAUUUCGGACAAGAGGUCAUCACCGUCACACGGCCACUUAAGUGCAUGUCUUGCUUCUUCCCUUGUUGUCUACAAGAGCUGGAGGUGCAGGCUCCCCCCGGUAACACAGUGGGGUACGUUGCACAACAGUGGCACCCGUUCUCCCCCAAAUUCAUCAUUGCAAACGAACACACCGAGCCUGUACUGAAGAUCCACGGGCCCUUCUGUGGAUGGAGCUGCCUUCCAGAUGUUGACUUUGAGAUUUUGACGAUGGAUGAAGUCAGCAAGAUCGGGAAAGUCAGUAAGCAGUGGACAGGACUUCUUCGGGAAGCAUUCACAGAUUCAGACAACUUUGGUAUCCAGUUCCCCAUGGACCUGGAUGUGAGAAUGAAGGCUGUAAUGAUCGGCGCAUGUUUCCUCAUUGAUUUCAUGUUCUUUGAGUCUACUAACUAGGAGCCAAUCAGGAUCUCCAUGUAAGCAUACAAACAUUCCUGGAAGAACAAGGCCACAAAGCCAUUAUGAUCAGCCCCAAAUGCCCUAACACAGAACAACCUUCAAACAGAUAGUUUAAAGAACGUACCCAAAAGGUACCCACACAUUAUAAUUUUGCAUGAACAAUGAAAUAGAAGGUUUGUUUUAGUCUUAGCUGCUCAGGUUGGUUGUUUAAACAUGUGACUGGGCUGUGAGUGCAGUUGCACAGCGCAGUUUUUAUAUGAGGAAGUUCAUUUGUGUUUACAUUAUGGUCGCUGAGCCCAUCUGGGCCCAGAACCUUUAGUUACUACUUAAAAAACUUGCAUAGUAGGAUGACAUCCACAUACAAGUCAAUACAAAGGGUGACACUAAUACAGGCAAGUGCUGUUAUACAGUUUGUGACAGAAAACUGGUGUUGUUAUGGUCGGUACGCCGAGGUGGUCAGCCACAUAGCACCUGUGUAAUUUGGUCAUAUUAAUAAUCAAGAUGUUAAUUUAUAUAAAACACUAUGCUUGUAGCUACAUAUACUGUGUGAGAAUUAAAAAACUCAUGUGAUGUAGUUUGUAGUUCAGAUAUUCAAAACCCUCAUUUAUGGUUUUAUAUUUUGGUCUGUUACAAUUUGUCAACAUAGAGUAGUGUGUGUGUGUGUGUGUGUGUGUGUGUGUGUGUGCACUGCUUUGUGUGCGUGUCUGUGUGCUAUGAGUGUACUUGUGUGUGAUUAAAACAGAAACAUAAAAUAACGUAGGAUUUCAAUAAUAUUUUCAACGCCAUAGCAAUUAUGCAUAGUCAACUAACUCUGUAGAGGUUGUGUAUUUGGAAGCAGAUGGGUUAUGGCUCCAUGUACCAACCCCCUGUCUUGUCCACAAGAGGGAGCUAGCUUUUCAUUUAAGAAUAACCCAACAUGGCCCAAAUAGACCAACUCAAUCUGCUUAUGCCAUAGAUUUUUAUUGAAACAGUAGUGUCUAAUGACAUUGUUUAUUUUUGGACAAACUCAGGUUGAAAUGCAUGCUACUGUAUUACAGUGUUGGCAACUGCUGACUCCAGGAACUACAUGCCAGCACCUGAUACUAUGAAUAUAAAGACAGUAAUAUUUUGAAGAUGGUGUACAUUAAAUCAGCUAAAUAUCCAUAUUCUGCGUACAUUGUCAAGUAUAUCCACUUGAUUUUUCUCACUGUUGCAUUACAUAUGGUGUGGUGACCUUUACAUAUGUCCAAAAAGUUAAAUAUAACCUCAAUCAAAUUGCCAUUGACACUGCUGUGCACCAUGCCUCCUUGUAAAAUUCAAAUAUGAUUUAAUAGAGUGUCUCAGCCUGAUUAAGAAUGGUAUGGAACAUUGUAGCGUAUAAUUUAUCUACAGUAUGUGCUACAUCAACCUUAAAGGGUUAAUCUAGAUUUUUUAAGGGGCGAGGGGCUACAUGAGGUAGUCAGUGUAUUACACACAGUAGAUGGUGAUUGGCACACCCCCAGUUUGGAGAAGCAGGCAAAGGUACCACCACAGAAGCAAUGUACUGCUGUGGACGGGGGCAGCAGCGAAACAUAUUGCAGCCAUUUAGAAAAAUAACAGUUUAAGUUUACACUAUGUUAAGAAUAUUUUCACCGCUUUUCCUUGCCUUCAGACAGCGCUUCACGUUGGGAAGCAGCUGGAGGGUUCACUUCCCCAUCUAUGCUCUCGUCAAAGCUACCAGACUCCAUAAACAAAAUCAGUAAUUUUAGCUUGCUGAACACAGGAGCUGUUGGUCUACCGCUGCCUCAUUCAGUUUGUUUUGGUCAUAGUUGCCGUCAGCAACCUCCAAAAAAGUCCCACCGAAAUAAAAUCACUGUCUGUUUAAUUGUAACCUGUAUUUAGAAUAUUUUUACCUCUUUACCUUGAUGCGGGGCAGGACUGCCCUUUCUAUCAGCAGAGCUGUUGGUCUACUGCUGCCUCGAUCAGUCAGUUUGUUUGGGUCGUCGUGUGACUUUCGCAUCUUAAAGGGUUAGGUUAAAUUCAGCAAAGUCACAAAAUGACACAAAGUAACUUAUAGAGGCAGCAGCAGACCAGCAGCUCCUGUGUUCACCAAUUUCAAAUUACUGUUAUUCUCAGUGGAGUCUGGCUUUGAAAAGAGCGAUUUAAAGGCUUCCAUCCCUGUUGGAAACUGCUGUCUGAUGGCAUGAUAAAGCAGUAUAUAGCGAUAUAGCGUACACUUAAACUGAUGCUUUUGGUGGGACUUUGUUCAGGUCGCUGAAAUAUGUUUUGUUCAUUGCUUUGCUUUUGAUUUGACACUCCUGUCUGCUUCUCCAAACUGAGGGGGACUGACAUCUACUGUAGGGAAGUACCUCAUACAACCUCCUACCUUCAAAAGAUCCACACUAUCCUUUUAAGGCCAUUCAGAGCUCUUUUGUAGCAUGAUGACAAUGGCGUGUAUGUCAUCUGUGGUUCAGAAAAACUGGGGGAAAAAAUCCAUCUUAAGUCAUUUUCUUGUGUCAACAGUGUUUUAUUCUACCUUUAAUGUAUUGCUUCUCAGAGUGGAUUUAUCUCACCUUUAAUGAGCAGUAUUUUUCAAAACUUGAUUUUCAGAACAAAUACAUGAUUAAAGGUAUACUAUGCAGGAUUGCUGGCUACUGUUUGUGAGCUAAGUAAAAGCCAACCCUAGACUGACUCUUUGGCAUUUUGCUUUGCUAUAUUUACAUUUUUCUGUGCUGUGUCUUUUGGAUAUGUGCUGCUAAUGGUCUGGCACCUGGUCAGUACCAUUUUAUAAAGUCCCAACCUCACCUGAGUGCAGUGCCCAUAAACAUCCCAAGCACAGAAGAUAAUAAAAAUUGAGAAAAUACAGGCAGAGGAUGGAGUCUCUGCAGAUAAAUGCACUGCCUCACACCUCGAUGGGUCACAAGUAACGACUGAGAGGGAUUACUUUUGUAUGUGUGUAUACAUUUCCAAUAAAAUCCUGUGUAGUAUAUUUUUAAGUACUUAAGAUGGAUGUUUUUGCAGUCUGUUCUGUUUUCAUGGCUUUAAUUACUCUGUUUCAGUAAAUCUAACUUACACCCAUGCCAUUAGGAUUACCCAGACAAUGUUGCACAUCUUGUUUGGUCGAAUGGAUUAAUAGUAUAAGAUGCUGGUGCUUAGUCCUCUGAAGGCUCAUUGAUUGUGUUUAAAAGCCAAAAAUUAAAGUCAGAAUGUGAUACAAGGGGAGUUUCGGUAUUCCCAGUCAGUUAUAGUAUAUAUAAAAACAGUUAGAGUACUUAUUCUUCUACUUUUGCACUAAUACUGUAAACCAAUUUGAGUCAUGAAUGCAAACUAACUCUGUGAGCUAAGCUUAAAUUGU